CCCCCAUAUCAAACCAACUUAACUUUGAUCACUUUGAUCUCCAACUUAUGGAAACCGUUGUUGAAGCUCUAGAUUCGUGCAAGCCGUUCAACAACGACAUAGCGUCGUUACCUCAAAAUGGUUCUCUCACCCCGCCUUCCGUCACCGUAUCCUCAGACUCUACGCUUGGUCGCCACCUUGCUCGACGCCUUGUCCAAAUAGGGGUCAGUGAUGUAUUCUCUGUCCCUGGUGACUUCAACCUAACCCUACUAGACCAUCUCAUUGCCGAGCCUGGGCUCAACAACAUUGGUUGCUGCAAUGAGCUCAAUGCUGGCUAUGCGGCCGAUGGCUACGCAAGGUGUCGUGGGGUCGGUGCAUGUGUUGUCACCUUCACUGUUGGAGGGCUAAGUGUGCUGAACGCCAUUGCUGGUGCUUAUAGCGAAAAUUUACCCGUGAUUUGUAUUGUUGGUGGCCCAAAUACUAAUGAUUAUGGAACCAGUAGGAUUCUUCAUCACACUAUUGGAUUGUCUGAUUUUAGUCAAGAACUUAGAUGCUUUCAAACUGUCACAUGUUUUCAGGGUGUGAUAAACAAUAUAGAAGAAGCACAUGCUCAAAUUGACAAAGCAAUAUCAACAGCACUUAUUGAAAGCAAACCUGUUUAUAUCAGCAUCAGUUGCAACUUACCUGGUGUCCCUCAUCCAACUUUCUCUAGAGAGCCAAUCCCAUUUUCUAUUUCUCCAAGGAUGAGCAACAAGGCGGGGUUAGAAGCCGCGGUAGAAGCCACAGUGUCGUUCCUCGACAAGGCAGUGAAGCCGGUGAUGGUUGGUGGGCCAAAGCUUCGAGUGGCCAAGGCCUGUGAUGCAUUAGUCGAGCUAGCCGAUGCCUGCGGUUACGCACUUGCCGUGAUGCCAUCCGCAAAAGGCUUGGUCCCGGAAUACCACCCCCACUUUAUCGGAACUUACUGGGGAGCAGUCGGGACUGCCUUCUGCGGCGAGAUCGUGGAAUCAGCCGAUGCAUAUCUAUUCGCGGGCCCUAUCUUCAAUGACUACAGCUCGGUCGGCUACUCCCUCCUUUUGAAAAAAGAGAAAGCAAUCAUUGUGGAGCCUGAUCGUGUGAUGAUAGCCAAUGGCCCAACAUUUGGUUGUAUUUUAAUGAAAGAUUUUCUUAGAGAACUUGCAAAAAGAUUGAAGAGAAACACAACAGCUUACGAGAAUUACCACCGGAUCUAUGUUCCCGACGGCCAGCCAUUGAAAUGCAAGCCCCAUGAGCCGUUGAGAGUCAACAUUUUGUUUCAGCACAUUCAGAAGAUGUUGUCAGAGGAGACAGCGGUGAUUGCCGAGACCGGAGACUCGUGGUUCAACUGCCAGAAGUUGAAGCUGCCUAAAGGAUGCGGAUACGAAUUUCAAAUGCAAUAUGGUUCGAUUGGUUGGUCUGUGGGUGCGACGUUGGGGUAUGCUCAAUCGGUGCCGAGUAAGCGUGUAAUUGCAUGCAUUGGUGAUGGAAGCUUCCAGGUCACAGCACAAGAUGUAUCAACCAUGAUUAGGUGUGAACAAAAGACGAUAAUCUUCUUAAUCAACAAUGGAGGUUAUACUAUUGAAGUGGAAAUUCACGACGGACCAUACAAUGUUAUCAAGAAUUGGAACUAUACUGCCUUAGUCGAUGCAAUCCACAAUGGUGAAGGCAAAUGUUGGACUACAAAGGUGCACACCGAGGAAGAGCUCAUUGAAGCGAUCAAUACCGCAAUGGAUAAGAAGAUUGAUUCUUUGUGCUUUAUUGAAGUUAUCGUUCAUAAAGAUGAUACGAGUAAAGAGUUGCUAGAAUGGGGAUCAAGAGUUUGUGCGGCAAAUAGUCGUGCUCCAAAUCCCCAAUAAAUAAUAAGCCUAGAUAAUUAUGAGCGAGUUAUGUUAAAGAAUCUGAAUAAUCAUAGACUAAAAGAAUAUACAUAAGUGAGUUUGAAUGAGCUAGUUUUUGUUUUUGUGUUUUUGAUGAGUUUACUCAUUCAAUUUUAUCGGAAAAGAUGAUGAUAUAUAUAUAUUAAAAAUGAUAAAGUUUAUUAUGUUAUGAAGUAUGUGGUAUAAAUUAUGUGACACUUCUACGUUGUCUUAUAAUUUAUAAAAUUAU